GGGGCUGCGCGCCCGCUUGCGACUGCCGGCGUAUAUAAGCUGCGCGAGCGCCGACUCUGCAUCCAGUGUCCUGCUCACCCCGGCACAGCAAUACCUACUCCUGCAACAUGAAGGCUAUCGUGUGUUUGUUAGUCCUGGUCGCCGCAGUGUACGGCGCAGAAGAGGAGAAGAAGAAUGAGAAGCGCGGUCUACUUGGCCUNGGGUACGGUGGCUACGGUGGUCACGGCCUGAGCUACGGCCUGGCCGCCGCGCCAGUCAUCAGCCACGGCGUCGCGCUCGACUACGGCGUCGGCCACGGUAUUGGCUACGGCCUGGGUGGUCACGGACUGUCCUACAGUAUCGGAGGGCACGGACUGGGCUACAGUCUGGGCGGUCACGGACUGGACUACAGUCUGGGAGGACACGGGAUAGGCUACGGGCUCGGCGGGCAUAGCGUAUUUCUUGUAUAUAUUUAAGGAUAAUUGUGUGCUCUUCUGUGCCAAAUUUUGUGUCAUCUGGUGUCUAUUUUACUAAGUUUAAUAAAAUUUUGAAAACGUA